CGUCAUCAGUUCAGUUUUGUACCUAGGAUUGAUAACACGGGUAGAUUCGGGUCGAACCAGUUGUCAUCGGGCUAUCGGUCUUCUAGACAGAAAAAGGUUGAGUCAUCUAAGAGGUAUUCGUUACACGGUCAACGUCGGGAAUCGAAAAGCCUCAUUUGUGCCGAAUCAGUGCGUGUACCACUGGGUUGCAAGUACCGCGAUCAAUAUUGUUUUACUUGCCUGGAGUUUGGUCGCCUUCUGAAUCAUCUCUUUCUGCCGAAAAAAAAUCGGUCUUGAAGUGUAUGUGAAAAUAUUUGUCUACGAGCAGUUGAAGAGUGUUGUUGUUUUUGUUGUUUUCUUGAGUCACCACCCCCACACAUAUCUGGGAGCGGUGUAUUACCAGCCGAGUGUGAGUUUGCGAAAACCCCCCCGAAGGUACCGGUUUGUGUGUAGUUGUGGACCCGUCGAAAGCUCUCCCAAGAAGAGCACUGAAUAGCUAGAGAAAAGCAACAUACAUACAACCACAAAAACACGACGAGCUUUGCCGACAGAGUAGAGCUACGUGCUAUUGCUACUGCUGCUGCACUCCUUAGGCGUGGACCAUUCGAUCGUCGACGUCUCGGUUUUUCGCGACUUCCACCACAGUGUGUUGAGUGUGUUUUCCGGCGAAAGUGUGUGACAACAACGCCCCAGAAAAAGGCAGCAUUCCAGAAAUCGUCUUCGACGAGGAAGAAAGUUCAAGUGGAAGUGAUGAAGUUCCUCUAAAAGUAGUGUAUAAGUGUGGUCAAAAGAGCGAAAGCUAAUAGUUGGAAGUUUUCCAGUUUCAUUCCAAGAAAAUCUGCUUACCGGCGGUGCACAUCUUCCUUCAGUUCCAGCCGACACGAGUCAGACAAGUCCGCAACGUUUUGUGGUUUUGCUGCAUCGACGGGUAUUCUGGAAAGUUCACCUACCGACGUCUACAACGACGACGACUGCACCGUUUGGUUAACCGUGAAAAUUGGAUUAUAUUACCUUCUUCGGAUCAAUAUACGUACAUAGAUAUAAUUAAAACACGCACGCGGAACGAAAAUCACGGACCAGUCGUCGAUCUCUGGAUCUGGUUGAACGCUGACGGAGCCGAUACCACCGCCGACGCCGCACAAUCCAAGGCAGCACGACUGCAGCGCCUCGUAGCGCCUACCCUGGAGCACCACCGCCGCCUGCCCCGAACACACUAAAAGGUGCCCAGCGACCCGCUAUGACUAGUCCAGCCGGCGGAAUCCCCGGUGGUCCAUACAGAGGAACAGGCUACGGUUACGCACCGACCCAGCAGGCUUACCGGUACACGGCCCCGCUGACGGCGCAACCGGCCUAUGCUCCCUACACACCACACACCACUACCACGGUAAGCUUACUGGCACCGUCGGAGACCACCCUUUAUAACACAAAACAUCAGUACGGCCAGCGUGUACCGACAGCAGCCUCGCCCAGCAACACCAACUCCAGCAGUUCAUCCAACACCGGCUCCCAGAGUGGCACACUGAGUACGAGUCUUAGUAAUACCAACACAAACAACACGAUGGGCCCCAGUAAUACGCCACAGCAGACAGAGCAGCUCUCCAAGACGAACCUCUACAUCCGUGGACUGCAGCAGGGUACGACCGACAAGGAUCUGAUCAAUAUGUGUGCACAAUACGGUGCUAUCAUCUCCACAAAGGCAAUACUAGAUAAAACAACAAAUAAAUGUAAAGGUUACGGAUUUGUUGACUUUGAAUCACCGGCGUGCGCCGAGGGUGCCGUCAAAGGUCUCCAAGCGAAGGGCAUUCAAGCUCAGAUGGCCAAAGUGGGUAUCUGGGUGCUACAUAGGCCGGCCAUUCAGCAACAAGAACAGGAUCCUACCAACCUGUACAUCGCCAAUCUACCACUUAACUAUAAGGAGACGGAUGUAGAAAACUUGCUAUCCAAGUACGGUCAGGUGAUCUCGACCAGAAUACUGCGCGACCAGAAUGCACAGUCCAAGGGUGUCGGAUUCGCCCGGAUGGAAUCGCGGGAGAAGUGCGAGCAGAUCAUUCAGAUCUUCAACGGUACCCAGCUGCAGGGUGCCAAGGAACCGCUGCUGGUGAAGUUCGCCGACGGUGGCUCGAAGAAAAAGAAUCCCUUCAAGAGCCCGGAUCCGAAUGCACGGACCUGGCGUGACGGAGCCGAGGGUAUCCCAGUGGCAUACGAUCCGAACAUGCAGCAGAACGGUAUAGGUGUGAACGUGGGCACUCAUAUCGGGAUGCCAUACGGGCGGUUCGGCACUCCUCAGAUGGGAGGCUAUGCCGUACCCGGGUCCCAGUGGGGCUACAUGAUGACGCAACCGAUUGCGCAGGUUGAAGAUCAGCAGUAUGUGCAAAUGCAGGCGCCACACCUUAGCGUGGGCACUCCUUAUAAGACAGACUCCGUUGCGCCAGUGCAGCCACGUGGCGUGUCGAUGAUUAUGUCAAGCGAUAACCCAGCGGCGGGUGUUCCUUAUGGUAUGAUGCCGCAGCUCACCACACUACAGAUUGGAUCAUCGUACAUUAGCCCAACGUAUCCGUACUAUGCGCCCACGCCGUCGAUCAUCCAUACGAUGCAGAUGGGCGACUCAGAACAGGCCAGCACGGCGGCCUCUCCAGACGAGGCAUAUACCACACAGUAUCAACAUGCUCCGAAGUAGAGAUCCAGAUCUGGGGCCCGCCAGAUCUAGGUCGCUCGUAGCCGCCAGUUGAAAGAGUAGUCUCCAGUCAUCGUCAUCGUCGUCGUCGCCGCCGCCGCAGCCACCGCAACCACCACCAACAACAACAACAACAAUAAUAAUAACAACGCCGUCGUUGCCGUCGUAUCAGCUAUCACCGGCUGUUGAAUGCCAACAUUGAAACAAUGUGUGUGUGUAAAAAAAGUUAAGGAGAACACGAACAGCAGCAACGAUUCACAGUCGAAACUUUAAAGUUCUAAAAGCGAGAUAUUAUCAGAAUGUCUGAUAGAAGCAAAAUGCCAAACGCGGUUAGAAGCAACUCAAGGGGUUUGUGACGUUCGGGAGAAAAGCCUAAUGGCGUAUAAGAAAGAAGGAAACCAAUACCUCAUCCGAGACGAGAGAACACUGAUUUUUCCAUAUGACUUGAAAACAGAGUAAAAACCUUAAUUCAAUGAAUUCCAAAAACUUUAACCAAUUGAUGCGUAAGAAGAAGAAGAAGAAGUUUUGCGUGCGGAAUGUAGGGAUGUGUGUGUUAAAAGUUUGUGAUUUUCGUUCUGCGCAAAUCAAAAUUAUGACUUUAAAGCCUAUUAUGCCGGAGAACCAUCAUCACCAGGUGUGAUGAGGAUUGGUUAUUGACUGUUAAUUUCUUUUUAGUAUUCUGUCCCGUUUUCUGUUACCGAUCAGAAAUAAACACUGUUGUCCGAUGCACGAGAAACGAAAUUUGGAGAAUCUACUGCAACCGGGCGGCCGGAUAGGAACGAGUCCUUACUCUGUUUGUUAAGUUUUUUUUUUGUUUAGUUUUUUAUUCUUUCCAAUAGUUUUUUUUUUGUUUUUCAAACCUUAUUUAUUUCACCUCUUCUCUGCGACAGCAGAGAGCAACGUCUGUUGAGAGAAGUAAGAACUCGAAAUCAAACGAGAAGCACUGAUUAUAUUUCGAAAAGGAUCAGAAGGCAGAAAAGAAUGCCCCUUUAAAACAGGCGAGACACCAAAAACUAUCUGAGAUAUCGAAAGGAAACUUUUACGAAUGAGCUUUUCUUCAGUAGGAGAACUAUUGAAAAAAGUAGCAAAAAUAGUAAGCCGGCUGAUUAGGCAGUGCAAUCCUAGAGCGCACCAGCCAACCAGUCAAUCAAUGUCCUUUUCUUCGUCGUCGUCAGUGUUUUCACAACACUACGAUAACGAAAUAAUACUAAAAUAAUUCCCAUUUUCAUAUCUGGCUUGACUCGGCCAGACAUGAUCGGAAAUGAAGUCUUUUGAAAUAGAGAGAUAGAGAAACAAGAGCGAGCGUCGCGGAAAAAAACGAGAAAAGGAAAGUAAGUGAGAGUCGCUUUUUAGGUUAAUUUUUUAAUUUAUUUUUGUCCGGUAAGAAAACAAAUUCAAUUGAAGAUUGAUUUUCGUAAGUCGUGAAAUCAGGCAUGUGAGCAGAAAGCUAAGGAAGCAGAUAGGAAUGCUAGUUCAUAAUUUUAGUUAUUAGUUCUUAGAUAGACCGAUUUGAAAAUUUACAUUUUAGGAGAAACACAUGCACAUCAAUGUGCAGGAAGAACAGAAAAGAUGAACGAAAGAAAAGAAAAAUAGAGAUAAAUGAAAGGAGUGGGAAAAUAAGAACCAGUUUUCCUACGGCGAAGAGAUAGAAGAAAGCGUAGGUCGUUUUACUAAAUCUGAAAAAUUUUCAAUGAUUUUUUUGAAUUAGUUAUAUUUUUGUAGUGUUUAAGUUAAAACAGAACCAGAAACUGGAACGUGCGACAGAAUGAGAUAACAAAAGAAAGGAAGCGAAAUCAAAAACGAGUGUAAGAUGCGAACGAUUGGGAUAGUAGAAGAGGAAAUUUAUUUUCUUUGCGAAGUAGCAGAGAAGCUAGCGAAAGGAAAGAGAAAGAAAUGCUUUUGUUUCUUUUUGCAGUGUGAAGUUUAGUGUAAGGCAAAGGAAAAUUUUGGAAGGCGAUUUAAAUUGAAUAAAAUGAACUCUGGGAUGGUGCAGAACGGAAAAACUCUGUACCCACUGGAGUGAAACGAUACAGCAAAAA